ACUCAAAUUUGUCACUCACUAAAUGACUGAUGUGACUCUCCGAUAUCAUAUUAUAUAAAAAAGAUAUACAAAUUUCUGACUGUGGAAUUAAUUUCAGGAUGACUAAGUCAAAACCCAUCAAAUCGAAGGUUUUAAAGGAAGGCGAAUUCGUGCCUCCUGAUGGAGGAUGGGGAUGGAUGAUCAUAUUUGCAGCUGGAUUUUCUAAUCUAUCUGCGUUACCGAUUCUCCAGCAAUUCGGGCUAUUGUUUCGGGACAAAUUCGCUCGUAUCGGCAUCACCAGCUCUCAGACGACGACCAUUAUCAACAUGAAUUCCGCUCUGACGUCUUGCGUCGGGUUAGCAAACGGUCCUGUUUUCAAAACAUUCAGCUAUCGCCAAGUGUCGCUUACUGGAGCAAUUGUAGUGUUCAUAGCUCUACUUUUGACGACAUUUUCUUACAACUUCACCACUUAUCUUAUCAGCUUUUCAAUACUAUACGGUGCUGGUUAUGGUAUAAGCAGCUCUGCCAAUGCACUAGCCCUUAAUACUUAUUGGAAAAAUCGAAGAAGAUUAGCAACCGGCCUGUCAUGGACUACAACUGGGCUCGGUCCGAUGUUAUGGCCUCAUAUUAUCACAGCACUAUUUGCCUAUUUUGGCGAAACAGGCGCUGUACUUAUUUUAGCCGGAUUUGCUUUACACGCUGUGGCUGGAGCCCUUUUAUUACAACCUGUGGAAUGGCACGCUAAACCACCAAACAAUAAUGACGAAGAAAGACUUCUGUCCUCAGAUCAACCCACUACCCAAUUAAUAAAUGAAAAGAAGAGCGAUGAAAGUGGAUAUUUUAGCCAAGUGUCGAAGAUAAAAAAUCUCAGUGUAUUCUCUAGCCAAUACCUUUAUAAUGAAGAUGAUCCAGUAAAUACUGGAUACGAAAUCACAGAUCCUGGAGUUCCUAUGAUGUUGCGAGCGAAUGAUGGAUAUUUCAGUCAAUCCCGCCAAUCAAGAAGCAGAUUAUCAUCAAGAGAAACUUCUGCUAAAACAUCGCGAUUAAAUUCUAAAAAACCAUCAAUGUCAAAUUUACUAGAAAACAGAUCUAGAAAAUCUUCAACACUUUAUUUGAAUGAAUCUAAAAAAAACUCUUCCGCUAAUUUAGGUCUCUUAGUACAAGAACGUGAGUCCAAAGUUAUUGUCAAACAAAAACGUAAAACAUCUAUAACAUUAGGAACACAAAUUCCUGAGUCUGAAAUAGAAGAUUGUCCGUCUUUAAAGGCUCCUCAAGAUCUUAAAGCUGAAGAAAAAGCAGUUGUUGAAAAAAUUGAUCCGCUAAAAGCGAAAUAUAUCGCUGACCGCGCUGAAAAACACAUGGCGGGCGCGAAAAGCCUGAAAUCAUUUAAAAUGGAUGGACAGUACGGUGAAAGCUAUCAAAAGAAUAACCACAGUAAUAUUUCAUUUAAAAAUCAAGAAGAAUCCGAGGACAAAAAAUAUUUACGUGAUAAUCACAGUAAUCAGUCAAAUAAAUCAAAGACUAGAAGGAAGUCUAAUAACUUCAAUUACGAAAGCGAAGUUUUGAAACAAGCAUCUUUGAAACUCGAACAAUACCUAAAAGAAACUGAAGAUGAAAACGAAGCUGAACAAUCAAAGUUUAUCACUAAUAAUAAUGAAACCAACGGAAAAAUUCUUGAAGAGGAAGAGGAAAACGAAGACGACCCUUUGGAAAACCUAACAUUUUGUGAAAAAGUUGCAAUGUUCUUUGAUUUAGACCUUUUAAAAGAUUUCACAUUCAUCAAUCUAAUGCUUGGAAUAACUUUAGCAAAUUUUAACGAAUUAAAUUUUUCAAUACUUACUCCGUUUAUUUUAGGAGAUUACGGAAUGACAAAAUCGCAAAUAGCGUUCUUCAUGUCACUUCUGGCUGGAGUUGAUAUUUGUAUUCGCUUCUGCAUACCUUUCGUUGCCGGCAAAAUCGGUUGGGACAAUAAUUCGUUUUUCUUAUUAGGGGUUAUGUCAAUGGCCAUGGGAAGAGUUGUGUUAGCAUAUUGUCAAGAUUAUACCGUAGUACUUCUGGUGGCCGUUAUGAUUGGUUUCGGAAAGGGAUUACGAACAGUUUUUAUGGCCCUUGUUAUCCCCACUCAUGUUCCGCUCCAUAAGCUUCCAGGCGCUACCGGUAUACAACUGUUGACGGCUGGAAUGGUUUACCUUAGUUUGGGUCCCGUUGUUGGUUGGAUCAAAGACAACACGACGACUGCAGUGACAUUGCAUUGUUUGAACAUUUUCACUUGGCUCACAGCCAUCUCGUGGGGCUUGGAAAAAUAUUACAUCAUGCGAAAGCAGAAUGCGAUCGAUGCAGAAGCUGUCAAAUCAAUGACCCGAAAUGUGAAUAUUGCAUCAAUUUAUCUUACAAUGGCUCGACCUAAUAAAGUGCCACCUGACGGAGGUUAUGGCUGGGUGGUCACUUUUGCAUACGCCCUUAACAAUGUGGUCGUUUUACCCCUCAUAGCAGGGUUUGGUCUAAUAUUUCAAGAAGCAUUUGCGGACACGGGUAUGUCCGCUACACAGGGGACACUUAUAAUUAUAUUCAAUCAUGGCAACGGGAUGCUCCUGUCGUUCUUUGGUGGCCCUGUUUUACGCCGAUUUGGGUACAGAAAAGUUGCAGUGGCUGGAGCCAUUUUUGUAUCCGUCGGUUUGAUGCUGACCGCGGUAUCAACGAACUUUUGGCUAUUCUUCAUCUCCUACAGUAUUAUUAACUCCAUGGGAGUUGCAGCAGUUAUGGCAGCGUUUUCUUUAGCUAUAAAUUCAUUCUUUAGACAGAAAAGAGGGCGUGCUAUAGGGGUUGGGAUGUCUAUAACUGGACUUGGGGCUAUUUAUACACCAUUAGUUAUGAGUGUACUUAUGUAUGCCUAUGGCUGGAGAUAUGCAGUUCUCAUUUUGGGUGCAAUAUGUCUGCAUUCUCUCCUAGCCGCGUGUCUACUCAGGCCAGCAAAAUGGUACUUAAUAGAUCCUCCUCAAUCUGAAGAAGAGGAACCCCUAAAUAAAGAGUCUGCUGUUGAACUGAUAAACGGCAGCAUUACAGCCUCCAAAGAAAUCGGAAUACAUUCCUUACCACAUCUUGAGCAACAAAAUGAAAAUGGAGAUCUACCAUCGAAAAGUACGUCGAUGCAUGCUCUAACCAAUGGCAAUAGUUUUCAUGAUAGAAAUGCAGUAUCGCAUCCAGAUAUUAGGAAGAAUUCUCCUGAGCCACCUUUGGCGGAGUCAAAAUAUAAAUGGUGGGAAUCUCAAGAAAUCAAUUUGGGAAGCUCGAUCAACAUAUUUCGAGAAACCGAAAUUGUAAAAGAAAAGGAAGUUAAACACGAAUUAAACAAGGAGAAUAAGACACACUUCAAAAAGUUUGUCGAUUUUUUUGAUUUAACGUUACUCAGUGAUCCAGUAUUUGUGAAUAUACUAAUAGGACUAUCGUUUGCAUCUUGCGUAGAAACAAACUUUUCACUUUUGUUUCCUAUAAUACUCAAAGACAUGCUUCAAUUUGAAACAUCCGAAAUUGCACAGAUCAUGGCUAUCAUUGGAUUUUCGGAUACACUCUUUAGACUGUUAUCCCCUUUUAUCGGGGAGUGGUGUAAUAAGCCCCCAAGAAUUAUGUACAUGGUUAGUUUACUAGUCAUCAUCUUUACAAGGACAAUAAUGCUGUUUACAAAUUCCUUUAUUGGAAUGGUGUUAGUAGCUCUGGCUAUCGGAAUUACCAAAGGAGUGAGAACAGUCUACAUGAACAUUAUCAUACCAAGCUAUGUACCACUAGAACGGUUGCCAUUCGCAUCUGGUAUUCAAAUGUUCUUUAACGGCAUUGUUAUAAUUACUAUUGGAUCCUUUUUAGGUCGAAUACGUGAUGCUUCAGGUUCAUAUAGAGCACCAAUCGUUGUUCUCAAUUUUGUUACGUUCCUGACUGUUAUUCUCUGGUGCGCCGAAUUUUUAUACUUCAGAAUGAAAAGUAAUAAAACAGGACAAUCAAAUGAAUGAGCAACUUGCUUUCGUAUAAUUAUUAUGAUAUAAAUUUACAAGUAUCUGUAUAUACUUAAAUUAAUGUACAAACAUAUUGAUAAGUCAUUCACAAAAAUAUUAUACGUAUAUAAUAUUUAUUUUAUCACUUAAUACUUAUUGUAAUAUAAGUCUCUACAACUUAAUAUUAAAUUGUACUAGGUAGAUAUUUACAAAAGUUAUUAUGUACAAAGUUGUGACCAAUAUUAAUGUAAAUAAAAUUAGUUAUAGAAAUAAUAAAUUUUUAUAA